CUGGAGCCCAGACCACAGAGCUGUGCCCAGGCCUGCCUGACUUCUCUUGGGUCUGAGGGACCCCUGGGGCCCUGUCCUUAUUUCCAUAGACCAGGACGGCAGGUGCCCCGGUCAGAAUGAACAUCACCCUCUCCAGGGACAGCCAGGUGAGAGUGAUGGAGAGCACAGUGGCCAACGCUGAGAGGUACUUUGGGCAGUUCUGCUCGCUGCUGGCUGCCUACACGCGCAAGACAGCCCGGCUGCGGGACAAGGCGGACCAGCUCGUCAAGCAGCUGGUGGACUUCGCCAACACCGAGAGCCCCGAGCUGCGGGCCACCCUGAGGGACUUCGCUGAGGACCUGGCCCAAGUGCAGGACUACCGGCAGGCGGAGGUCGAGAGGCUAGAGGCCAAGGUGGUCAUGCCCCUGAAGCUCUACGGCGCCCAGAUCAAGCAGACCCGGGCUGAGAUCAAGAAAUUCAAACGGGUCCAAAAAAAUGAGAUGAAACAACUGGAGAAACUGGAGAAGCUGAGGCAGAAGGUCCCCUCGGAUCGGCAGGUGAUCUCCCAGGCGGAGACCCAUGUGCAGAGGGCCUCGGUGGACGCCAGACGCACCACCCACCAGCUGGAGGAGACAGUGGACAACUUCCAGAGGCAGAAGCUGAGGGACCUUCAGAGGUUUUUUUUGGACUUUGUGACCAUCGAGAUGGUCUUCCACGCCAAGGCGGUGGAGGUGUAUUCCAGAGCCUUCCAGACCCUGGAAAACUACGACCUGGAGGGAGACCUGCAGGAUUUUAGGGCCAAGAUGCACGGGGCGCCAGGGCAUUGCCAGGCUCAGUCCCUCUCGGGUGCCAACCCCUCUCCAUGUGUCCCGUGGCCUCCGGCCAACCAGGACGCUCGGAGCACCGCACGGAGCCACAGAAAAGGAGAUGUGGAGAGCGAGCACUCUGUGGAGCAGUUCCCCCUGGAAGACCUCGGGGCACAGGAGCAGGGCCUCCGUCCGUAGGAAGAGAACUCCCAGGACAGGAGGGAGGACUGGGCUGGCGGGACCCUCGGGCAGCCCGGGUCCCCUGCACGCCGGGCUCUGAGGUCGGCUGCGGCACUGAGCCCAGGCACUGCAGUUCAGUGAACCCAGGAGCCUCCUGCCUGCAGGUCCGGGGACAGGUGUGCCUACACCUGCGCCGAUAUCGAAAGCACAGCAGACCCACGUCCUGGGACUGACCGGCCAGGGCCACGCCCGGGGUCGGGGCACCGAAGCAAUAGGACCUCGUCCUCCUGUUCUGGGAUGCGGGGGGCUGGGGGCUGGACCAUGAGCAGGAGCUUUCCAGCCCCUGUCCCACCUCUGCAGCCUGCCAGCCUCCCUUCGCCUUCCUCCGUUGUCACCUGUUGCCUGACGCCAGCCUUCGCCUCCAUGGGGCUGUGUGCAAAACUCCCCGUCACGCGGGUUUCGGGCUCGCCUGCUCCCGUGGGGCUCAUCCUGGUUGGCCGCAUCUGCGAGCACCCCAUUUCUAGGUCCAUCUAGCUCAGGACUUCAGUGUGCCAGCUUCGGGGAGACACAGUUCAGACCAUGACACACCAACAUGGUGUCUAGGGGUGACCUGGGGACCAUGGCACCUCAUGGAAGUCUGUGGGGCCUCGGGGACGAGGGAAGAGGUGGAGGUCCUUGACACUCUCCAGGGCAGCCAGGGCACCUGCUCCUCCCUGAGUGGCGUGGCUGGCGGAGACGGGGCGUCGUUCAAGACACCCCGUCCCAAGGUCGGAGUCCACGCUGCACACUCACGUGGGAGGUCUCUGUCCUUGAGUGCCUGGGUCGGCGCGUGGAAAGGGCGAGCGGAGCCUGAAGCCAUGGACACGCUCCCCCAGUCCAUACCUCACCCCGGAGCCACUGCCCUGCUGGGUCCCAGCAUCUCAAAGCUGGGCAGGGUCGAGUUUCCAGAGUCACCCUGUGGGACCGGCCAAAGUUUCAGACAGGCUAAAUCUCCCACAGGGAUGUGGAACAGGAAGGAAGUGACUCUCCACCGGUGUCCCGGCUGCCUCUUAGUGCUGUGAGGGGCCACCAGGCUGUCAGGGUCACUGUACCCCGAGUGGCCCGGGGCCCCCAAGACGUUGGCUGGGAGCUGCCCUCCCCACGGCGCCUCCAGCUGGCCUCCUGGGUAACGCACCCCAAGCUGAACAGCACUGGGUUCUGCCUCAUGUGGGUGCCAUGCUUUUCUCACCCUGCACCUCUUUCUCCGGAAUCGCCAUGGGCUCAGCGCCAUCACCACAGUGAGUUUUAUUACCAGUGACCCAGCUGCUGGACACCUGCAGGGACGGUCCCCGACUCACCCAGCAGGACGCUCACUCCCAGGUGACUGUGACCUCCCAGCUGUUCAUGGAGCAGAAGAGAUAUCAAACAUGCAAGCUUUUGCAUUUUACUUAGCGUGUAGGAACGUUCUGGGCUACGUUUUACCUAUACUUCACGUUGUAUGUACAGACGUGUGCACACACACCCACACACGCUCACUUCUUUAACCUCAGCUUGUCCCGACUGCACUCAUGGUUUCUGAAGGAAGAGGCUGCUCUGGUCCUCUGUGGUCCAGGAGCUGAGCAGCGCCUGGCAUGCCGUAGGUGCCCACUAAUGGAAGCUGGCUGAGCAGGGCCUCCGCCUUCCCCUCUGGCCCCAGCUGCCUGAGAGGCCCAUUGUUCCUAGGUGCAGCUUGGACAGUCGCCAAGAGCUGCCUUGUCACUGUCUCCUUGGGUGGUCACUUGGAAAGCAGCAAUAGAGUUUCGAGAUUCUUUUCUUCGGGCCGGGCAGGGACGGGACGUGGCCCUGUGCGUCUCGGUCCUCGAAGGCCCGUCCUGCCCUGCAUGCUCUGGGGUUUUCUCUCCUGGUGGCUGAGGACAGACGCCUCCCCCAUUCCCAGAGCAAUAUAUCGGGUUUCUGCCUACUUUGUCCCCUCCCAAGACAUUAGGGUGACUGUAAACAAAACUCUUGCCCCGCUUCGGCAGAGACGAGGGUCUUCUCAAGGGGCCGCCUGCCCCGGAGCUGGCGCUGCCUGCGGAGAGGGUGGGUGCUGGGAAAGUGGGAAGCUCGGGUGGGCCCGGGGCGAGGCCACGGCUCAGCAGAGGAGCGCGCCUGGAAGCUCGCGCGCUCUUGCAUGCAUUCAGUUUUGUGGAUUUUGAAUGGUUAAUGUACCCCAUAAACAAGACAGAAACACUGGCCGAGGAGCCUCUGGGUUCACUUCUGCUGGGGGUGGGGUUAGGCAGCGACAAGCUCAGCUCUGCCCUGGGCCCAGCACCCUCCGUUCUCUCAGGAUGGGGCACCGGGGACUUUCUCCUUCUGUGUGCAGAUGGAGACACCCAGGCUCCAGGAAGGUCUGGCUGAGGGCACAGGGUCUGCUAUGGGGCACACAUGGCCCCUCCCACCCACCGGUCCUGCCCAUGCUCUGGCCCUUCAGAGGCGCCCCUUUCCCCUGCUGCAUGGGAUCCCACACCCCCCAGGCCUGGAGCCCCCGCUGGCCAGGCCCUCCCCCCAAACUCGGCAGAGAGAGGUCAGUGGGGAUGCAGAGGGCAGCUCCCCCAGUGCCACUUGGGGGGUCCUGCCCUCCAGAGCACCAAGGGGAGCUGCUCCUGUCCCUGACUGGAGUUCCCUGUGGCCGGCUGCACUCCCUGACCCAGGUCACCCGCCCACCUGCUAGGCCACGGGGAGUCCGAGCUGCGUCUCAGCCCCGCUGGAAGGGAUGCAGGGCAGACUUGUGCUAGAGGUGCAGGGUCAGGGUCUGCCUGCUGCCCCAAAGGCAAGAGACAGCUGGCAGGGCUCAGGGACAGUGGGAUUAGGAGUCCCCUCCACGGGAGGCCGUACCCAGGGCCCAGCUGGGGUCCAGUCCUUCGUUCUCUAACACUGACCCCAAGUGGCCAAGCCGUGCAUCAGGAGGGAAGCUGGGACCCAGAUCAUGCAAGGCCAGUGCUCCCCCUAAGCUCCGCCCGAGGCCUCUGACGUAACCUGGAAGACGGCAGAUGCAGCGAAAAGUCCUCCUGCACGCGUUACUACAGACGUAAUCAGACCUUUUCUAAAAAGAUAAUUUAUUUCAGUUUCCACCUCUGACAAUCCAAGGUGCAAUAUAUACAUAUAGAUUUUUUUUCUUCACAGGAAACAGUUUCCAUCUUAGCACUGCUUUGAGAUCUUCGACCCUGAAAUUUUCUCAAGCUUAAAAUAUACUUUGAGGACGUCACCUACAGGGACACAAGGUUGCUUAACUGUAACACAUAAAUCACUGGCAUCACUGGGGCCACCAGAAAGGCCAUGUUUGGAGGCGAGGAUGGCAAGUGUGGGUCCAGGACAGACUGGGGAAGGGACAGAGGGUGCAGGAUGGCCACCAUGUAGGUUCCAGCAGCAGCAUAGGGUGCAGCAGGGCCGUGGGGAGCUGUGUCCUGACACCCGCAGCUCUAAGGGGACACACACUGUCCAAGUGGCUUCCUAGUGGUGGAGUGUUUGACGCAGCCUUCUCAGGUCCCUCACUGACGCUGAAGGAACAGUCCCCAGCAAGUGUGCUGGACUCUGCCCCAGGAGUGCCCUGAGCUGCACUGUCCCCUGCAGGGGAGGGCUGGGGUGCCCACACUGCCAGAGCCCCGUCCAGGCCAGCCUUCCUUCCCCACCACUGAGACCCCCGUCUCUUCCUCUGGAGCACAUUACCUAGGAGCGAGGGGGAGCAGACGUGCAUCUAGAGGAGUGCCAAGGGACGCUGCGCGAGCUGAAUGGAGGCCAGCAUAGGACAGGCCUGGUCACCAGCAGUGGGCAGGCUGACCCCCCCUGAGGUCCUGAGAUUCAUCUUCCCUAGGGGGUCUGUGACACACAGGUCUGGAGACACAAGGGGAGCCAGAGCGCAGAACGAAGCCCACUCCCAAGCCUGCGGUGUGAACGGCUCUAGGGGGAGUGUGCCCACUGUGCGCGCCGUCCUGCAGGAGCGUGCCCACCGCGCGCACCGUCCUGGGUGACCAUCCAUCUGCUCCCUGACCAGCCAACGCCCUCUGUUCAGGCCCGCGGUGGUGAGGACAGACAGGACAGACUGCCGGACACCUAGGCACUGCCCACCACGUCCAGCCACUGUGGCUUCCGGGACCAAAAGCUCUUCAAGGAGAACGGGUUCUGAGGACUGUGCCCUGGGGAGGAUCCCUGGACUCGCGGGGGAUGGUCGAGUGGGUGAGGAGUGAGUCGGGGCUGCAGAGACUCCGGAGGCCAGGCUGGCCCCCCGCCUUCUCCCUUCUGCAAGGGGGUCUCUGACUUUGACGUGCCCAGCCCCCCACUGUUUGUGGCAAGGCCCUGGACUCCCGGCUGCCCCACAGGUAACUGGUGUAAAGCUGACCAAACCACCCGGCCCACCUGGAUCCUCCUUAACUAGAGAGCCAACUGGUCAGUGUGGCCGAGGAGGUGGGGUAGGCAGCUCAGGGCCCCUGUUUGGCUGGAGCCUUUUACUCCCCUUUACAGGAUGAGGCCUGGUUCCGCCCACAGGAACCUGGAACCGCAGGUUCUCAGUGGUGGGGGACGCACAGGGCCAGCCACGGAGCAGACCCCACAGCUGCAGCCCCCCACCCUGUGAGUCGCUCUGCCAUCCAGGCAGCUGCAGAAUCAGCCCUGCUUCCUCUCAGGGCAGGGAAGAGAGCAGGCAGACGAGACUGGCUCUGGACUGGCCUCGGGUCCGAGCGGUGGCCUGGUUCUAGCCCCUGCAUGCUGUGGACUGAGGUGAACAUCCGGUGCUGGUGCACCGCCCUGGUCACCUGGGUCCCUGGUCCCCGUGACUCUGAGCGCCUCGCCUCUUCUGCUGGCACAGGAGCGCACUGGCCUGCCGCCCCAACCUGACAGACAACCCCAGCCAUCAGAACUCGGUCCAGCCUCCCAAACACCAGGCACUGCCAACACAGGGGACUUGCGGCCAUCGCCCCACCGCCCUGCUUCCAAGGCAGGGGCUUCAUCUGCGAGAGAGCACAGUUUUGGUUCCCUAGGAGCCACGCGGCCCUGACGGUCAGACGGCUGAAAGUCUGAGUGCUGUGGCUAAUGACAGGCCCUCCAGGCUCCCGGCUGCGGGCACACGGCCUCCCAGGACUGGAAGCUCCUCUUGGGAAGCGGGAGGCCCCCCUGCACUCGUCUGCAGCAUCUGGGGGCACAGCAGGGACGCCAGAGUCACACGCAAGUCAUCCCAGGUGCCCAGCCAGGGCCCAGCUCAGGUCUGCUUGGCCAGGCCCUGGGGAGGAGACUCGGGAAGAGAGGGGCCCUCAGGGGGCAGGUGGGGGCCCUCUGGUCACACCAAACUGCUUCCUGGAGACACUGGCCAGGGCACCUGAAAGUGAACUGCCCACCAAAGCCAGCUGUCAGCAGGGGACGCAAGGAGACCCCAAGGGACUCUGCUUCUCUCGUGUGGCACCCUGGAGGGCCACCACGUCCCCGGAGGCCAGCUCUGUCCCUGGUGGUGCUGUCUGGGCUGAACCCAGCAGGUGACGCUGUUCGGGUCAGACUCGCCCUGGCUCGAGCCAGGUCUGUGAGCAAGGAGCGAGGGAAGAGGCCCCACCCACUUUUCCCUCCUCAGGCUGCCGUGGGGACAGUGCGGGUGCUUCUGAAGCCAGGGGUCUGGAAAGCCAGGAGGGGCCACAGCUGCACACAGGUGGGCGUCGCAGACGCCGCGAAGUCAAUGCGUUUCAACUGACUCAGGUGAGAAUGUGGGAUAGAGCCGGAGAGGCCUCCUGGUCACCCUGUGGGCCUACGGCCGCUCCAGGGCAGCUUGGCGAUGGCAGGCAACAGCAGGUGACUGAGGGCCGUCAGGAGGGCGUGUCACAGGAGGCUGACGCUGGAGCCAGGAGGGGCAUACUUUCUAAUUUGACAUUUUCCAGAGCCAACAGAGACACGCAUGGUCACUGGGACCAGCCUGCAUGAUCUGUCCAGCCCCUGGCAGUCUGGCCGAAGUCUCCCCCUGGAGUCCGCACACCCAGCUUUCCCACCUCCUGGCCAAAAGCACACGGGGACGCACACCAUGCUGUCUGCCAUUGUCACCUGACGUCAGGACACACUCGAUGUCAGCUCAAGCCUUCAUGAUCCACUCUGGAACAUUCAGGCAUGUGCUCCUGCAGGGAGGCUUCUGGGCACUGGCUGGGUGACCAUCGGGUGGGGUCUGUUGUGCCCGUGGCCCAGUCUGUACUCUGAGGGCUGAUGAGGGAAGAGGGGCUCAGAGUUAAAGGAAGACCCCAUGGCUGAUUUCAAGGUCCAUAGCCA